AAGAAGAAAAUAAAUAUUUCUUAAAAGCUAUAAAUUUCAAAUAAAAUCGCUAAAAAAAACGAAUCCCCUGUAAUUUUCAAAAUAUUAUUUGGAUUACUUUAAAAACAAACAUUUGAACAAAAUCCAGCCUCAAGAUGACUUGUGGCAUAUCGUGUGUGGACAAAACGUUAAAUAAAACAUUUUUUCAUUUGGGCGUUUUUAUAGCCAAACAUCCGGGUUAUUUUAUUAUUGUGCCAAUACUUUUAACUUUAUUAUGUAUAACGGGCUUCCAACAAUUAAAGUAUCAAAUUGAUCCAGAAUAUCUAUUUUCACCCAUUAAUGGAGAGGGUAAGGCUGAAAGAGCAAUCGUUGAACAAUAUUUUAAAGUCAAUUAUACGCAUCGUUUUAAUGUGGGUCGCAUAACAAGGCCAG